AUGAAAAAUACACAAUGUAAUACUAUGAUGCUACUCUCAAUAAUUAUUUUCUAUAGUCUGAUCAAAUCAAGUUAUCAAAUUGUUUAUUCAUGCAAUACAAGUGAUUCAUGUGGAUGUUCAAGAAAUUCAGCAAUAUUGACUAAAAUUGUUGGAGGAGAAUCAGCUGGUACAGCGACAUGGGGUUGGGCCGUAUCAAUAUCUAUUGCAGGUAGAUAUUUAUGUGGUGGAUCUAUUUUGUCAAGCUCAUGGAUAAUUACCGCAGCACAUUGUGUAAAAGAUACGACAGCAUCUCAAAUUUCUAUUUAUGUUGGUUCAAAUAUUCAAUGGACUGGUAGUCAAAGUCGAGUGGUAUCACAUGUCUAUGUACAUCCAAAUUAUAGUUCAGUUGGUUAUGUUAAUGAUAUUGCUCUACUUCAUCUUACUUCUCCAUUGACGAUGAGUGAUCCUAAUCUAAGUGCUAUAUGUUUAAAUUUUGUUAAUUCAACAAUACGAAUGACAGAAGAAUGGCCAUCAGUGAAUACUACAGUUGUAGCUAUCGGAUGGGGUACUAUGAGUGAGAGUGGUUCAUCACCAACAAGUCUUCAGCAAGUUUCUUUGAAAAUUAUCGAUCGUCAAGCAUCCACUUGUAGUAAUUUGAUACAUGAUUGGCAAGUUCAAUUAUGUGCUGGUGUUCCUAAUGGUAACAAAGAUACAUGCUAUGGAGAUUCAGGUGGUCCUUUGAUGAUGUUUACGUCAAAUAAACAAUGGGUAUUAGUUGGUAUAACAAGUAAUGGUGUUGGAUGUGCACAAGCAGAAUAUUCUGGUGUUUAUACUCGUGUAGCUGCCUUUGAAAAUUGGAUAAAUUCAAAAAUAAAUGGUGCUGAUUCAAUUUCAUGUAGUUUUUAUAAGAAUAUUAAUCGAACAUUAGUUAAUUAUUUGACUUAUUUCAUUUUAUCAAUUAUGGUUAUUACAGUUUAG